CCAAUUCCAAAUCAAACCCCCAACCACACUCUUCACUCUCCCCCAGCCCCCUUCCCUUCUCACUGAACGAGGCAAACAAACUCCCUUUCCCCUUUUAUGGAUCCCGACCAUUCACCUUCUUCUUCUUCCUCUCACCUCCUCCCUCAACCUAAACCCCUUGACCAUUCUUCACCUUCUUCUCCUUCUCCUUCUUCCUCUAACCCUUCCGAUUCUUCUCCUAACAAUAAUAACAACAUCAACAACAACAACAACAAUAAUGGCGCCCGUAAACGAAAAGGCAAAGGCGGCCCCGACAACAACAAAUUCCGUUACCGUGGCGUCCGUCAACGCAGCUGGGGUAAAUGGGUUGCCGAGAUUCGUGAACCCCGUAAACGCACCCGCAAGUGGCUCGGUACUUUCUCCACCGCUGAAGACGCCGCUCGUGCUUACGACCGCGCGGCCAUCAUCCUCUACGGCUCCCGUGCCCAACUCAACCUCCAAUCCACUUCUCCUAAUAAUAAUUAUUCUUCCUCCAAUUCAUCCUCUUCCUCCUCCUCCUCCCGCUCCUCCUCCUCCACCUCCCUCCGCCCUCUCCUCCCCCGCCCCGCCCUCUCCUCCACCUUCUCCUUCUCCUCCAUGGCUUCUUCUCUCCCCCUUAUGCCCUCCCCUCAAUCUUACACCGCCAUCUACCCUCCGUCUUCUUCCUUAAUAUAUCCCAAUCUCCUACAUAAUCAAUACCCACCACAACUUACCCAACACCCCACCCACGAAAUAAUUACGUCUUCCACUACUACUGUUACUAAUUGCACUCCACCUAUUUCUACUACUGCCACUCCCUCUUCACCAACAACCUCGUAUUCCCAAAACCCUAAUAAUCCCACCUUGCUUCUUGCUUCCCCACUCCCACCUCUCCCUUCAGAUCUCAUUCUUGGGCCUAUUGGGCCUUCUUCUCCCGCCGUUGGAUGGCCCUCUUUGGACAUCAACGAUGACGAUUAUCUUCCGUCUCUCUGGGACUACCACGAUCCUUUCUUCUUUGAUUUCUGAGAUUCUUUCUUCUUUUCUUUUUCUUUUUUCUUUUUGAAGUGUAAACCGACAUGUCGACUUUCUUUUUUAACAAAACUAGAAGUUGGGAUGGGAGUGCAUCAGAUAUCUCGACUGGGUCGAUACAAUCAUUGUGUUCGAUUUGAACCACCACUCUCGCCUUGCAUGUAAUCUACACCGGCUGGACACGGCGGUGGCUGUGGCGGAGGAGAUUUUUAUGAUCUAUUACUGGUUGGUAAUAUAUAUAUAUAUAAAUUAUAUAUUUGUGUGUUUUUCUUAAUUCUUAGUAUUAUACAAUUUGAUUUAAUGGAAUUGGUGGUUUUGCA